AUCAAUAGCCUUUCCCUCCUUCCCUCCUCCCCUUUUCCUCCACUCCUCCGCUUCCACCACGGGCACGCAACACUCACGGAAAAACAAAAACAACAACACCAACACACCCAGCACACCACCAACACCACCACACCAACACACACCAGCACACACACCAACGGAGGAAGAACGGGAGGAGGCGGUAGUGAAGAAGGUGGAGGAGAAGGAGGAGGAGGAGGAGAAGGAGGUAGUGUUGCUUUCCCUCCUUCCCUCCCGGCUCUUCCCUCCGCCAUGAGGCUCACCUGGUUCACCUGCCCACCCUAAUUAACAUGAAGGUGUGGUCGUGGGCGUGGGUGCUGGCGUGGGUGGUGGCGUGGGCGGCGGGGAGCGCGACGCCGGUGAAGGAGAGGCUGUUGAACAUUGGCGGCAUCUUUCCCAUUGGCGGCUCCGAUGGCUGGCAGGGCGGACAGGCCUGCCAGCCCGCCGCCAUGCUCGCUAUGGAGGACGUCAACGCCAAGCCUGACCUCCUGCCCGGCUACACGCUCAACCUCGCCUGGAACGACUCCCUGUGCGAGCCAGGGCUGGGUGCCGCGGUGAUGUAUGACCUGCUCUACAACCAGCCCAUCAAGCUCAUGCUGCUGGGGGGCUGCUCCACCGUGUGCACUACCAUCGGGGAGGCGGCCAAAAUGUGGAACCUGGUGGUGCUCUCCUACGGGUCAAGCUCCCCCGCCCUCUCAGACAGGCAGCGGUUCCCUACCUUCUUCAGGACGCAUCCCUCGGCCACAGUGCACAACCCCACACGUAUCAGGAUCAUGCAGAAGUACAACUGGUCCCGCGUGGCCAUCCUGCAGCAGGCCGAGGAAGUCUUCAUUUCGACAGUGGAGGACCUCGAACUCCGCUGCAAGGACGCCAACAUUGAGAUCGUGACCCGCCAGAGCUUCCUGACCGACCCCACCGACGCCGUGCGGAACCUGAAGAGGCAGGACGCGCGCAUCAUCGUCGGCCUCUUCUACGUCAACGCCGCCAGGAGGGUGCUGUGUGAGAUCUACAAGAAUACGCUAUACGGGAAGAGCUACGUGUGGUUCUUCAUUGGGUGGUACGAGGACAACUGGUUCGAAAAUCACCUGCAGGAGGAAAACUUGAACUGCACGAAGGAGGAGAUGCGGCAGGCGGCGGAGGGACACCUGACAACUGAGGCUUUGAUGUGGAACAAGGACAACGAGAAGACGAUUUCAGGCAUGACUGCAGGUGACUUUCGGCUUAGACUAAACGAAGCACUCAUCAAGGAGGGCUACGAGAACCAGAGCACACCUGUAGGCUACCAGGAGGCCCCACUCGCCUAUGACGCCGUGUGGAGUGUGGCCUUGGCGCUGAACAAGACCAUGGAGACUCUGGCAACAGUGAACAGGUCCAUUGAGGAGUUCACAUACACUAAUAAGGAAAUUGCGGACGAGUUGUACAAGGCCAUGAACGCCACGCAGUUUCUUGGGGUCUCGGGGCGAGUGGCCUUCAGCAACGACGGUGACAGAAUAGCGUGGACGCAAGUGGAGCAGAUGAUCCAGGGCCGCUACCAUAAGCUGGGCUACUUCGACGUGCAGACAGACAACCUCACGUGGUUCAACAGGGAGCAGUGGAUAGGGGGUAAAGUGCCUCCAGACCGAACCAUUGUAAGGCGCCAGCUGCGGACGGUCUCUCUGGGGCUCUUCAUCAGCAUGUGCACCAUCAGUGCUGUGGGGGCCUUGUGGGCGAUGCUUCUCCUUGUCUUCACCUUUGUCAACAGGCACAGGAGGCUCAUCCAGUUGUCACAUCCGGCCUGCAACAACAUCACGCUGGUGGGCAUCAUGCUGUGUCUGGGCUCCAUCUUCCUGCUGGGUCUUGACGGGCAGUUUGUGGGCAAGCAGCAGUUCCCGAUGGUCUGUGGGCUGAGGGCUUGGUGUCUGUCUUUGGGCUUUACCCUCGCCUACGGAGCCAUGUUCUCCAAGAUCUGGCGUGUACACAGACUCACUACCAAGACUAAGAUGGAGAAUAAAGUGCGCGUGGAGCCAUGGAAGCUGUACGUGAUGGUGGGGGUGAUGGUUGUGGUGGACAUUGUGGUGCUGGGGGUGUGGCAGGGCGUGGACCCCCUGCAGAGGACCCUGGAGGUGUUCCCACUGGAGGUCCCUAAGAACACGGUGGAGGACAUCAAGAUCAAGCCAGAACUGGAGCACUGUGAGAGCCGCCACAACACUAUCUGGCUGGGUCUCCUCUAUGGGUACAAGGGCCUGCUGCUCAUCUUUGGCCUCUUCCUUGCCUACGAGACGAGAAGCAUCAAGCUGAAGCAGAUCAAUGACUCCAGGCUGGUUGGCAUGAGCAUCUACAACGUGGUGGUCCUGUGCCUCAUCACGGCCCCCGUCACCCUCGUCAUCUCCACCCAGCAGGACGCCUCCUUCGCCUUCGUCUCCUUCGCCAUCAUCUUCUGCUGCUUCCUCUCCAUGGCCCUCGUCUUUGUUCCGAAGAUCCUCGAGGUGAUGCACCACCCUGGGGAGCGCGUGGAGUACACUGGAGAUGGGGCGCCCAGCAAGGAGGAGGAGGAACGCUACCAGAAGCUGCUGAGGGAGAACGAGGACAUGCAGAGACUGAUUGCUGAGAAAGAGGAGAAAAUCCGCCUCCUGAAGCUCAAACUACAGGAGCGUGCAGCCAUUAGAAGCCGGGAAAAGCAACAACAGCAACAGCAGCAGCAACAACAGCAACAGCAACAACAGCAGCAGCAACAGCAGGCAGAGAACCACAUCGCCAUGAAUGAACAGAUGUCGCAGCAGCCACGAAUACGACAAGGCUCGACAGAUUACCACCACUUGAAGACAUCGCCUCAGCUCAAAGCCAAUGUGGAGCUGUACUAUAGGAGCGGGCAGCCGGCAGUGAGGAUUGUGACCCCAGACGCUGCUUCCGCCCCUGAAGACCUGUCGAUGAUGCCCAGGAUCAGCUACGACAUCUCUGAGUCCUACCUUUGAGGGUCGCUGGCCCCCGCUGGCCACCCUGCCGACGGCACUAACACUGACACCACCACUGACACUACUAACACUCCCGACAACACCACCUCCUCCACAACCACCUCCACUAACAGCACCACCUACUCCACCACUCCCUACUCUUCCGACGUCACUGCCACUCACUCCAGCGACAACACUGCUGACUCAUCCCAUAUCAGUGCGUCUUACCCUGUCGAUGUCAUCUCUGCUUACCCCACUUCAUAUCCCAUGGCCUCCUACUACCGCACUACCAUCUCCUCCGUUGCUACUGACCAUACAACUAGAGAGAGAGUUCAUGCUAUCCGUGAUACACCCUCUACAAGACCCACCUAUCCCUCUACCCUACCUCACCGUCUCAUGAUUACCUACCCCACCACUACCACCACUAGUCGAACCUCCCACCACUACCUAACUGCCACCAGCACCCUACCCCACCCCUCAACAGUAUCCUCUACCAUCCCUUACUCCAUCACCACCGCCCCACACUACCCCACCACAACUCCGGUCUCCUACUACUCCAGAACUGCUCCCACUCACCAUGUGCCUGUCACCUCCACUUUUUCCAACCCGAGUCACUUUUCCUUCAGCACCAUGAAUGUUGACUCCUCCCCUGAUGAUAGGUAUUACGAGACACGGCGUAGCAACCCUAGAAUUUCCGCAUCCCUCACUUCUCUCACUGGCCUCUCCCGAAGACCACACUACCACCAUAACCAGGAUUUUUGGUAACCCUUUAAAACAGUCAUUGUUUGUAUAUGAUUACAGGUUCACUCACACACCCACCCUCUUCCUCUCACCCUAAUGAUAACAUGAUCAAGUGAUGCUGAGAUCAGAAUGUCUCGAGUCACACACUUACACUCAGAGGAUGUUUGUUGUAGUGUAAUCAUCUUCCUAAAUCUUACACAUGCACACUCAUACACAUAAUGCAGAAGGAAAAUGUAUGCAAUAUGAACCUCUUCUCUUGUGCAUACUAAACAAAGACUGUAUUCUAUUGUAUAUUCACUCCCCUCUCUCCUCCUCCUCAACACACACACUUCAUACACAAGGAAAACUUACAUGGCACAACUGUACUCUACACACACAAAGACUUAAGUGUUCGGUGUUGUAUUCACCUUUCUCCCCUUCCAUGCUCUACUGGGGGCAAAGGUGAGGCUGGGGCUUAGCUGGGGGUCAGUAACAGAAGCUCCUCAUCUGCGCUCAACUCGAUGUAUCCGAGAUACAAAAAAAUAUAUAUAUAAAAAAUAAAGUUCCCAUAACAGUCACACAAAGUAAAAUCCUAAAAAAAACAUAAAAGAAUAGAGAACAUAGCGUUUAAACUACAUGUCUACUGUGAGAUAAUGUUAGCUUCCCAGUUUAUUGUUCUAUCCUGUUAAAUACUUAAAUAAUUUACUAACUUUGCAUGGUUCAGAUUUUAAAGAAAUAGAAUUACUUUUAAGACGACAAAGUUUACUAGUUAUGUGAACAAAUCCACAUGUAUUUAUAUUUGUUUUCAACUGAAAUGUUCUAUAAAAUUGUGUUUUCUUUCAAAUAUAUAUCUGUCUUGACUUGUUAGAGGACCAGAUGCACAGCUGCAUGAAGUCAACAUGAUUGCUGAUGAAAAUAUAGUUUUCUGGAUCAAUUUAAAACUUACAUAUCUAGGUGCAGCAAAAGGAGCCUGAGUGGUAGGCUGUUAUGUCACUGUGCCAAUUUUUGUGGCCUGAAAUCAGUUGACAUUAUAUUGAAGGGAGAUGGACUGAACUAGCUUUGUCCGGACUCUGUAUUUGCUGGAUCUUGGGUGCUGCCAUAACAAACCGAACAACCUAGAUGCCCAUAUUGGUCACAAAUAUAAGUAUAACGAGUAAGUUCAGUCAGUCAUGUCUGUUCAAGAAAGGGCUGAAAUAAUCUUUCUGCAUCUCACUAGUGUGUGGUUUUCUGAUUACCGUAAGAGCUUCAAAACUGGACUGCAUCUGCUGCGGGCAGGGUACUGAGGUGGACUGUGCAAGUGUGAUCAACAUUGGUUUGGACAGUGUGAAUGAAUGCCUGACCAAUACAUUAGGUAACCAUUUUGUGGGAAAAGUAAUAGAUAUAUUAUUUAUUAACUUCAGAAUUCACAAUAUUUGGUCUAAUGGAAAAUGUUUUUAGCAUAAAUGUAAAAAUUUGCUUUUAGCAAGAUUUUCUAAAGGUAUGGAAACUAUUUUGGGGGUAUGAUGACAAAACAAUGUUCUGAUUGCAUGUUAUCUACAAUAAAGCAUAUUUAGUGAAGCCCCACAUAUAGGAUAGGAGUUUUAGUUUACUAUUUUUUCCACAAUCAUGUUGUCAAAAGUGCAUUCUAUCUAGUUUUACCUUUCAUGUCCCUGUGUUCAAUGUUGCCUUCGCCUUCCUCCCGUUGAACCAACCUUUGGGUGAUGAUCAACACUCGCUGCACUGAUGCAGUUGUCUGAAACUUAUAGAAAAUACCUAGUUUUGUAACUCAGUGAUAGAAUACUAGUUCUAGAGAAACGAAGCUAUGUAUCUCUUCCUUAAAUUAAUAAGUGCAAAACCCUGAGAUCCUGGGGUGCGUACCCUCAACUUUGUAAAAAGAAGUUAAGUAUGUGUGUUCCUCUUUUUAAAAGCACAAAAUAGUUUCAGUUGUACCUGGAGAAGAUAAUCCUUUGAUGAAUGUUGUACUUGGAUCCAAUUCUUUUUAUAUAUAAAGUUAGACUUUAUUAUACCUUGUCUUUCUAGUAUUAACAAAUGUCAUGCAAAUAUAAAUUCUAUAUUUUCACUAGAAAUAUAUUGAAGUUGGCACUCCAUGUUUAAAAGUUAUAUCCAGUGAGCAUCAAAAGAACUCUGCCUUGCUAUAUGUAAAGACUAUCAGUUCCCUUAUACUAAACACCAUCAAGUACUUGGUGGGAAAGUAGAGUGAGGAAUGUAAUGCAGGAGUCACACCCAUCAUAGCAGGUGUGGGUGUGGCAAUGGUGAUCAUUCUUUCUGCUUCCCCUCCCCCCUCAUGGUGGUGGUGGGCUGCACACCUCCUACCCACUUGGCCUCAGAAGUCAUCACUUAACACUUUUGAUAUCUUAGGCAUGACUCAAAGAAAUAAUGUUAUUCAGUGAGUGUCAAAUACUGUCGGAAUGAACACGUGGCUUUACCUUAGUGUUAGAGUUUUGUAUUCAUUUCGUGACCUGCUGGCAUCUGUGCAUUCCUAGCAAGGGUCUGUCUGAGCACCUUCACUGGGUGGCAGACAGAGGUUGGCUCUCCCUGCUCUGCCUGGCCAAUGUAACACCUGUGAGGGACCUUCAAUCAUGCCUCACUCAUGACAACUCAAUAAAGUGUUUUGCUACGA